AUGGGGGGCAAGACGAACAAGGCCGGCUACUUCGACAAGCUCAAGGGCUUGCUCGAGGAAUAUGCCUCCAUCUUCAUCGUUGAGAUUGACAAUGUCAGCUCUCAGCAGAUGCACGAGAUCCGUCUGGCUCUCCGGAACAAGGGUGUUGUCCUGAUGGGCAAGAACACCAUGGUCCGCCGAGCCCUGAAGACCUUCGUCACCGACUCCCCCGAGUACGAGCGUCUCCUCCCCCACGUCAAGGGCAACGUCGGUUUUGUCUUCACCAACGGUGACCUCAAGGAGAUCCGAGACAUCAUCCUCUCCAACAAGGUCGCCGCCCCUGCCCGUGCUGGUGCCAUCGCCCCCAUCGAUGUCUGGGUCCCCGCUGGCAACACUGGUAUGGAACCCGGCAAGACCUCCUUCUUCCAGGCCCUCGGUGUCCCCACCAAGAUUGCCCGUGGUACCAUUGAAAUCACCACCGAUCUCAAGCUCGUCGAGGCUCAGUCCAAGGUCGGCCCCUCCGAGGCCACCCUCCUCAACAUGCUCAACAUCUCCCCCUUCACCUACGGUAUGGGUAUCUCUCAGGUCUACGACCAGGGCCAGACCUUCCCUCCCAGCGUUCUCGACAUUGGUGAGGAGCAGCUCCUCAAGACUCUGGCUUCUGCCAUCACCACCAUUGCCACCAUCUCGCUGGCUCUGAACUUCCCCACCCUGCCCUCGGUCAUGCACUCCCUCGUCAACAGCUACAAGAAGGUUCUCGCUGUUGCCGUCUCCACCGAGUACAGCUGGCCCGAGAUUGAGCAGCUCAAGGACCGCAUCGCCAACCCUGACGCCUACGCCUCUGCCGCCCCCGUUGCCGCUGCCGACUCGGGUGCUGCCGCUGCUGAGGAGAAGAAGGAGGAGUCUGAGGAGGAGGAGGAGGAGGAUGAGGGCUUCGGUGGUCUCUUUGACUAA